UACGUGGUAUUUCCGCAUGUCCUUCGUCCCUUCCCCCCGCAUGUUUCCCGCCUCUCCUUCUCCUCCCUUCCCUCUCUUUGGAAAAUCUAGCCGAAACGAAAACAAACAACAUAACCUUUCAAUUUGAACUACAAGUUAUUUCAUGUUAUUAUCAGAGACUCCCCUCUCUCCGGCAAGCCCGAAUUAGAGCGAUCUUGAAAGCGCCAUGCCGGACACUGCGCUGUUUGAUUUCAUGAGAAAGGCCAAGGAUGCAUCGUUCUGGAAGUGUGUCGCCCUAGACAGAGAUGUCUACUGACAAGUCAAGUUUCUUUCUCUGGUUAAUGCUUCUGGCCUCACAGUGAGCAAUGUUAAUCAAGAUAAUAUAAACGCACCUCUGCGCACCUCUCGGAUCAAAUAAGAAUAUCCACAUUAUUAUGGGUAAUGAAUCAUGUGACCUCGAUUCAGUUGUCUCUGCACUCUGCUUUGGGUUGUAUCAAGACAGUCCAGACAAGAUUGUUAUACCUCUACUCAACAUAGAAAAUGACGAAUUUCCUCUCCGUACUGAGGUGACCUAUUUACUUCACGAGAACGGAGUUCCAUCAAAUCUGCUAGUUUUUCGGGACCAGAUCGACUUGGCGGCGCUGCGCGAUAGCGGGCGCCUGCGCCUCACGCUGGUCGACCACCACGCGCUGCCGGAGCGCGACCGCGCGCUGGCGGACAGCCUGGUGGCCGUCAUCGACCACCGGCCCCUCGACGUGGAGGCGAGCAGGGCCUUCCCGCCCGGCAUGGACCUGGAUGUGCGCACCGUGGGCUCGUGCGCCUCCCUCGUCGCGGAGAGGAUCCUGCGGCAGGCGCCGCACCUCCUGGACGCGCAGGUCGCCAACCUGAUCAGAGGCACCGUCUUGCUGGACACGGCCUGCUUCUCGCCGCAGGCGGACCGCACCACGCCCGUGGACGUGGCCGCCGUGGAGGCCUGCGAGAGCGUGAGCAACACGGAAGACAGGGCCACCACGUUUGACCGGAUCGUCUGCGCGCGCAAGGACGUCUCCUCCCUGUCGUCUUUCCAGAUACUGCACAAGGACAUGAAGGUGGUGCGCGGCGUGCCGUUGCCCGGGAUGCCCCUGCUCGUGCAUGACUUCCUGAAGCGCCCCGACGUCGGCUCGGCGUUGUCCGAGUUCUGCACGAAGCACGCCUCUGCGGCUGCCGUCGUCAUCGGAAUGAGUUUCUCGGAGUCGUCGGGGACGUCCUCGCUGCGCAGGGACCUCGCCGUCUACAGCCUCGGCGGAGCGGAGCAGCCCGCCGGCCAGCUGAUCGAGGCGCUCCGGGCAGAGGAGGACCUCCAACUCUCACCGGCGCCGUGCUCGAUACCCGGCGUCACCCUCUUUGACCAGCGCAACGCCAAGCUGUCCAGGAAGCAGAUCCUGCCGGUGGUGCAGCGCGUCCUCUCCGCGGCGACCGCCAGGGCCUAGCGCCGUCGCCGAUACCCCGCGCUCGCGCGGAGGGCCUCGCUCGAGCGGCGCCCGCUAGAUGGCGCCACCGUGGCGCCGAGCCGCGCCGCCCGCCCCAAUGUCGCACGCGUCGCGCUGCGUGCGAGCCGCGCUCCCGGGGCCUUACUGCGCUUCGGACGCGAUCCGAUCCGGACGAGACCAAGGUGCACUACGAGCCUGAUGGCGCAGCGCCUCGCAGUGUCCCUACUGUACCAACGAUGCACUGCCCACAUGAAUAAAUGCUGGUGACCGUA